ACAACCACACAUAUAAGAUGAUACGAGGAAUAAGAGAAACUGCCCAUAAUUACCCAUCACCUCUGAGAAGGAAACGAUAAGAGGAAAAAUGGCGAGAGAUCUCCACGUGAUGAUGCUUCCAUGGUCUGCCUUUGGCCAUAUCAUCCCGUUCUUUCAGCUCUCGAUAUCUUUAGCUAGGAACGGAGUCCAAGUCUCCUUUGUUUCGACCCGGCGUAACAUUCAGAGACUCCCACAAGUUCCUGCCGACGUGUUGUCGCUUAUACAUUUCGUGGACCUUCCUCUGCCUCAGCUAGAUGGAAAUAUCUUGGCCGAAGGCGACGAGGCCACGGUCGACAUCCCGUUCGAGAAAAUCCAGUAUCUGAAGAUCGCAUACGAUAGGCUAAAGUACCCCUUUGAGCAACUUGUCAUCAGUAAAUGUUCCGACUGGAUAAUCAACGACUUCAUACCGUACUGGGUGAUAGAAAUCUCACAAAAGAAUGAGAUCCCCGUCGCCCUCUUCUCGGUGUUCUCCGCCGCCGUGACUGUUUUCGUUGGCCCACCGGAGAGCCUCUUUACCGAUGGAGUGAAGAGACUAAGGCCAUCCAGUGAGAGCCUAACGGUGCGGCCCCCGUGGGUGGACUUCCCAUCCUCGGUGGCUUUCCGGAGCCACGAAGCGGCCAGUCUCUACGCGGGAUUUUAUGGGGACAAUGCCUCGGGAAUAUCCGAUGCUUGUCGAACUGCCGAGGGGCUCCAAUCGUGCGACCUCGUGGCUUUUCGUAGCUGUCCGGAGUACGAAGGCCAGUACUUGAAAGUGUAUGAAACGUUGGUUCAUAAGAAGGUGAUCCCGGUGGGUCUGCUCCCACCUGAUAGUCCCGAAGGCGGGACGUCACGGGCUGAGAGCUUUCAAUGGCUCGACGGUCAGGAGCCGAAGUCCGUGGUCUUCGUCGGAUUCGGGAGCGAGUGCAAGCUCACGAAGGAGCAAGUCCACGAGAUAGCCCAUGGGCUUGAGCUCUCAGGCCUUCCCUUCCUCUGGGCCCUUGGGAGGCCCAUUUUGUCGGCCCAUGAGGAUGAAGUCCUUCCAGAUGGGUUCGUCGAGAGAACACGCUCUAGGGGGAUUGUAUGCAUGGGGUGGGUCCCCCAGAUGGAGAUCUUGGCCCAUCCAUCAAUUGGUGGCUCCUUGUUUCACGCAGGAUGGGGCUCCGUAAUAGAGACCCUUCAAUUUGGACAUUGCCUCGUGGUCUUGCCUCUCAUCAUCGAUCAACCGCUUCAAGCGAGGUUGUUGGUCGAGAAAGGUAUAGCCAUUGAAGUCGAGAGGAAGGAAGAUGGGUCUUUCACCGGAAAGGAUAUCGCAAUUGCUCUGAGGUUUGCUAUGGUGUCUGAGGAAGGGAACAAACUGAGGAGUAAUGCGAAAGACGCUAUUAAGAUAUUCGGAGAUCACGAGCUGCAUCGAGGAUAUGCUACUAAGUUUGUGGAGUACCUGCGGGAUAAUGUCAAGAACAAGAGUCUUGAUUGAUAUAUGAUUAUUGGGAAAAUAUUAAUUGAAAUAUAAUAAGUGUGUCUGCAUGAAAAAGGGAAUGGGGAUUCUAUUUUUCUUGUAGAGACGUGGAUGCUAAGUUCUUACAACAUCCGAAUGCGAUGCAUUUUAAUAUCAUAGGAUAUAACUGCCUAUUAGUUGCUGGAAAUUAUCGUUGUUGUGGGGAAGUAGAUUAUUACAUUGGUAUGUAGUUUAGCGGAAGACGGUAUCCAAUGCGUUCGAUAUAUUUAUGGACUGGUCAAGUGAUUGAACGAGCACGCCAACAGUUGGAAACACA